CCACUGGACCUGGAGCAGCCGUCUCGACACGUGACCCGAUCGCGGGCACCGAUCGGGAACCUUCCAUCGCCGUGCCCGCACCCCAUCCUCACCUGUGUCCGUCGGAGCAAGGUUGCGCCGCCUCUCCGCCUUUCGUGAGCUGCUGCGUAGAUUCGGCCCACACCGGCCGUGCGCGGGGUAGCCGGCGGCCUCAACCAUCCUCUGGUAGGCGAGUGUCAUCAAUCACACACACACACACACACACACACACACACACACACACACACAGAGGCGGCGGCGGGGGCGGCCAUGGCGUCGCGAAAGCUUCUCCUGGGCCUCACUGCCGGAAGGCGGCUCCGGUCUCGUACUCGCCAGCUCUUCUCAGCCGCCAAUCUACUGGAAGCGACCACCUCUCCCUCCCUCCCGGCCGCCGCCGCCACGGCGCAGCCGUCGGGCGGGUCCCCAGCGGCGCUGCUCUUCUCUCCGAGGACCAUCUCGUCGACGCGCCAGGCGGCACAGUCCGCCGGAGAUGCGCCCGGCCCGUCUACGGUGGACCACAAGUUGAUAAUGCCAGAGGAUGAGUUUCAUAAAUUAGCAGAUGAGAUUAUUCAUGAUUUGCUUGGAAAACUUGAAGAAUAUGGUGACUCUAUUCAGAUGGAUGGCUUUGACAUAGACUACGGGAAUCAGGUUUUGACAUUGAGGCUUGGGGAUCUGGGGACAUAUGUUUUAAACAAGCAAACACCAAAUAGACAAAUUUGGCUAUCUUCGCCUGUGAGUGGGCCUUCUAGGUUUGAUUGGGAUGCGGCAACCAAUGUUUGGAUAUACAGGCGGACUGGAGCAAAUCUUGUGCAACUUCUGGAGAAGGAGAUUGGUGAGCUCUGUGGUACUCCAGUAGAACUUUCAUAACAGUACAAGUAAUGCCACACAGCUAGGUUGGAUGGUGCGCAGCGCACUUGAUGUCCACUAUGAAUGAGACAAAUACUCUUGUAAUAUGGUUUGCCACAAAAUUUUGUCGUCCUGUGCACUAUUUGGAAUAAAUAACUUCCCUUUGUUGAUAAA